AAGAAAGUAGCCCAAGGCCCGUGCUAUUCGAUCCAAGGUGAGAAGGGCAUUAGGCCUAGGAGGAGGCCAAGCAAGAGGGCACUGUUUGAAUUUGUAUACGUGCUGUCUCUAGGCCCAUAUUUUGUCAGUGAUGAUCUUCUAACUAGGCAUAAAUAUACGCAAUGCAGUAAGCUAAGCAGAAGGGUUAAUUCCAAUGUUCAUUUUAAACCACUGAGGAAGAUGGAUGCCAUCCCAUGUGCGAGUACAAACAAUGCUAUCUUGCUGACAUCCGGAGAUUCCCUUCCGAUUCAGGAUGACGUUACAAAUCAAUCAGCUACCAGUUCAGAUCACGAGGAUGACAGAGAUUGUGUUUUGUUUUUGGAAUGUGAAGACCACCCUAGUCUUGAUCCUGAUGGUCAAGAAUUGUCGGUGGCUAUAUCUGACGAGGAAGCCGUCUACUUGCAUAUGGACUCUGAUGAGGAAGAUGGACAAUCAGGUAGCCCUACUGAUGAGGAAGAUGAUGACGACAUGUAUAUACCAGAAAAGAUAGUCGAUGAAGGUGACUUGUCGGGUAUAAUAUCACCAGAUUAUGCUAAGCUUGUAGGCGAGAAGCCCUUUUCCUGUGACAUAUGCUUUAAAACAUUUCAACAUAAGGCAACAAUGAAAAGACACAAACUGAUACACACAGGGGAGAAAGUAUUUGUUUGCGACUACUGUAAGAAAAGUUUCCAUCGGAAGUGCACUCUGAAACAGCACCUCUUUACACACAAAGAUAGAGAAGUGUUGAAAUGUAGUGAAUGUGAAAAGACAUUUGUGAUUAAAGAAGAUUUAGACGAACAUAAAUUCAUGCAUUCUGGAGAGUUGCGAUUCCACUGUGAAGUAUGCUCAAAGGGUUUCGUUAUCAGAAGCAUGCUAAACAAACACAUGAAAGUGCAUUCAACCGAGAAACCAUACGCUUGUUUUGAGUGCGGAAAGCUUUUCAAAGAUCGGCCGUCUUGCAAAAUUCAUGAACGAGUUCACACUGGCGAGAAACCAUACCAAUGCAGUGAAUGUGGGAAUCGAUUCGCAAGAAGGGGGGUACUUCGUCGACAUGAGCAAAGUCAUCGCGGAGUUCGACCAUUUCCGUGUGCGCUCUGUGAUCGUACGUUUACAAGAAGGUUUCAUCUUACAAAUCAUAUGAAGAAUCACACCGGGGAUAAGAAAUUUCCUUGUGAAGAUUGUGGGAAAUUUUUUAUCUCUUCCCCAGCUUUGCGUAAGCAUAGGUUGAUACACACACGGCCGUUUCAGUGUAACCUUUGCGGGAAAAGAUUUAGUCAGACAUACUAUCUUGCUGCACAUAAAAAAUCUCACGAAAAUCCAAUUCCAAAACCACCAGUUCUGAAGUACCAAUGCCAAUUGUGUGAAAAACGUUUCCAGCGAAAGUUACUGCUUGAAGAUCAUGAACGUAUUGCUCACAAUUCCAAACGAUACCAAUGCCCAGACUGCGAAUUAAAAUUCUCACAUCGUGGUAGUUUAACAAAACACAGGCGAAAACAUACAGGAGAAAAGCGGCAUGUUUGUGAGUUAUGUGGACGUCGUUUUACAUGGAAAAAUGACCUGAUUGUUCAUUGGCGAUCACAUACUGGCGAAAAACCAUUUCAGUGUGAUAUAUGUAACAAAUGCUUUGUUGAUAAAAGUGGUUUCAGAAAGCACCAGAGAUUACAUACUGGUGAAAAGCCAUUCCUAUGUGAUGUAUGUCCUUCGAAGUUUGGCCGCAAGGAUGAGCUCAUCUUGCACAUAAGAUCUCACACAGGUGAACGACCAUUUGAAUGUAAAAUAUGUGAGAAACGGUUUAAAUGUAACAGUAACUUGAAAAGACAUGAACACACACACAAGAAAGAUAAACCAUUUAAGUGUAAGAAUUGUACUAAAAGUUUUGAUACUGAGGAAGAUCUGUCUUACCACGACCUCGUUCAUACACAAGAAAGACCAUACCAUUGCAGACAGUGUCCAAAAACAUUCAGAUGCAGCAGUAAUCUACGAAGGCACGUCAAAACACAUUUAAAAAAAGAGAAGAAGCUUCAGGCACUUGCGGCGAAGUCUGCUGCUGCUGCCCCUUCAAAUGUUAAGAGCGAGGAAGAUGAUGAACCGCCGAUUAAGAGUGAUAGUCCCCUAUCCCCUGCCACUCCCUUAAAAGCUACAUCCCAGCUGGAGGAAACUAAUCCAACAUCACCAACAUCUUCCCUUGAAUCAGCUCCUACACCGGAUUCCCUCUACUCUUCUUCGGACUCGGCUCCAACUCCCGACUCAAUUUACUCACGGCCAUCAUCCCCAGAACAUUAUUCUGACACCCCAAUGGAAUCUUCGUCUUCAGACCAGCUAAAUACAUCUUUGGUGAAAAUGUCCCGCACACUGCCAACAGAUACCAACUCAAACACAUCUGACUCAUCUACCUCAACUCAUGUGCAAACCUACUCUUCCAAACUGCACUCAUUACUGACUGCUCCAUCUGUGAACACAGCUAGAGAAUCGAUUCUCAAGUCAACACCAUCCUAUAAUGCAAACUUCAUUCCUUUUACAAGCCUGACAGCGCCCAAUACUGAGCCUGAACUUAAACCUGAGUGUCAUGAAUCAUCAAUUGAUUUACCCUUGUCUUCUGACCCAGUUGCUAAACAAGAAAAAGAUACAGAGCUGUACAGUGAACAAACCACUGCUAUAGAUUAUAGCAAGUCAUGUUCUGAAUCGACUACACAAGAUUAAGCCAAUGUUUGAAGCAAUGACAGGCUGGCCAUGUCAUCCUUAUUACUAUUAUUGAAUCCUUUUUGUAAAUUUUCUUCCAUAUUUUAACUAUCUAUCUAUUACCAAUAAUAUUAAUAAUAAUUCUGAUAAAAAAAAAAUUUAUUAACAAUCUUGGUGGCAACAUUUGACAUAAUAGGAUGAUCUCCUAGGAACACCAAAUUCAAAUAUUUAAUAAUAUUUUUCCUGCAAAUUCUUUUUCUUAAUUGCUUCUCAUCCCUCCAACCGAUUAUGGUGCUUAAAUUUUGAUUAUUUUUUAUUGCCAAAAGAUGGUGUCACAGUUAGUGUUUCUCGCAAAGCAAACUCUGAGGCACUGACGCCAGCCCUGGGAAGUUUGUUCUCUAUUUAUCAAAAGUUUUUUUAUUUUUUUUAAAUUUUAAUUACAUAUGUUAUCAUGUAUGAUAUGGAUGAUAUGCAUCAUUUUUUUAAAUUUGUACAGUAUGUGCAAGUAUUCUUAUGAUAUGUGAAAUGCAUAAAUAAUGUAAAUGUGAAUAGGAUAGUGUAUACUUUUAGAAUGCAUGAUAUUUAAACUAAUUACUGUAUAAAGACAAUUGUUAUUUUCUACCAAUACCAUCAAUUCCAAGCUUGCCAUCUGGAAAAACUGUAGUUAAAUUUUGUAAUAGAAUUUUAUAAUUAUAAUAUAUGAAUAUACAGUAAGUGUUAGGUAAUUCAUUAAGAAUAAUGAUUUAGUAGCUUAAGUACAUAAAAUGAGUCAGAAUAUUUGUAAACUUAAUCUUAAUCUUUGAUUUUGGAAGUCAAAUCAGAUCUUCCUUUUACAGUAUAUACACAGUUGUGUGUAUGUAAGACUUCAAAAAUGGUGGAGAGACACACUGCUCAAAAAUAAUUUUAGUUUAAAAAAAAUUGUAAUUUUGUGUGUAAACAUGUGCUCAAAUUCACAAAUACUGUCACCUAAACACACACAUAGGCCUACUCUCAAAUUCAUCUACUCAAACAUACACUGUUAGCACAUACUAAAUAUGUAUUUACGUAUACACCUACUCAAGUUUACGUACUUAAACUUAAGUACUCAAACACCUAUUCAAUAUGCAUGUACUCACAACAUAAUGUAGGCCUACAUAAAUUCAUGCUUCACCUAGAAUUCGGCUAUCAGUCUCUGAAUCUAUCAUAAAAAAUUAAGUGUACAGUUAUUUGAUUGGUUAAUUUGUAUAUUUUUGGCAUAAUGGAAAUUUUGGUAUUUGUUGCUAAUAUUUCAAUAAUAUUAUUAACAACUAGUAUAAUAUUUUAAAUUUUUUUUUUUAUAAAUCACGAUUCAAACUUACUGAACUUUAAUUUCUGUAAGAUUAUUUACAGCUUGAGAUUUGAGUCUCACAAAUCCUUGGACAUGUGACCAAGCCCAUGUAUAUACUGUUAAGUAACUGUGAAAGUAGGCCUUACGGUUAAUGUAAAUUGCGACCAUAUGGCUUGACCUAUGUAAUCAGACUGUAAAAAUUAGACCAAAGUUUUGGUCAACCACUGCAUGUGUAACCUGGAUCAUGUAACCAUAAACCACAUGCAGGCCUGUAACUGAGUUGGGAGUUGGAAGAGGUCAUUCCCUGGACUACUGUACACCAGGUGUCCUAGGCAUACCUGGAUCUCUAUCUCCCCAUGUAGCCAGUGCCAUUAGUGGAGCAUUGAUGAGGUACAUGUGCACAGGUCUUUAUUUUAUGUCAUUGGUGCUGAUAUGUUUUUUUCCAUUAGAAAAAAAAUGUUUUAUAAUAAUAUGUUGGUUUUUUUUUGUGUACAGAUUAACACAUUUUUGUUUCCAGCAAAACUGUAAUAAACUGCUUGAAUGACAACAGUGUGUUGACCUUAGGAAUCAUCCAUUUUUCAUAAGUACAAACAGAAGGGAAGGGGUAAAUUGUAUAGGAUGUUCUUAAAAUGUGGGGAAGUGUCAUAUCUAGGGGUGUGUGGUGUGCACACCCCUCUCCAUGAAAGCUUGUUACACCCUAUCACUGGAAGUGUUUGAAGCAAAAAAAAAUUGCGUAAAAAGAACUAUACUGCACUAUAUCGGCUCACUCCAAAGGAAAACAAAUAAAAAAAAAUGUUGGUAUGUUGUACAAAAUACUAAAAGACUAAACACUAUAAGUGUGUAUAACAAAAAACUUUGGAAAAUUGUUGCUGAGAUACAGAUCAUUAAAUAUUUUAAAACUAGGGAAAGGGUGCAAAAUAGGGUGGUUAACCUUUUUGUGUUUUAGAAAAAUCAGUUGUACAACAUAUUAAAAAAAGAAUAUUUUUCACCUUCACGUCCCUGUCAGCCCCUCCCCCCAUUUCAAGGCAUCCACAUAAACCACGUGGGGGAGUUUGAGGUGGUGGGAGGGAACACAGAAAAUAGUAUGUUUUGCUUUAAAUUAAAAAAAUGAUGACCCCUAUUAAACCUCAUGGCUACCAUAUGUCAACAAGUGUAGUUAUUAUGUUUAUUUCACCAGUGGAUGUUUAAACUGUACAGAAGACUUCCAGUAAUAAUGAUUUGCUUCAAAAUACUGUGUUCCGAUUUAUUUAGCAGACUUUUGUGUCUUGAUUUUGUUUUCCUGGUAUAUACUGUAUUUUCGUGUAAGGAUAUGUCAAAUCCAAGAUCAGAGAAAAAUCAAAUAACAAAUUUGUUUACUUUUUGCUAUUCAAAAUGAUUGAUUAGGUUUGCAAUGUGUGCUGAUGUCAGAUAUUUUGCCGCAUUUCAAUAUGUUAUAUAAAUAUAAAGCAUUUACUCUUAUUAGAUUAUAGUACUAGUAAAUUUUGUAUAUUUUUUAUUACAGUACAUCCUCAUUGCAGUUUUACAUUUUGUUUGUAUACUUCCCUCUGAUGGUAUGGUGCUGAAGAAUUCAACACACUUUUUAUCCACUGUAGAUAAUGGAUUGAUAAUCUAACAGUCCCCUGAUGAUAAGUAUUAUAUUGUGAUCAAUGCAUUUAUGAAGAUGCUUGAAUCUCGUGUGACAUUACAUAACACAUUAAGUGAUACUGUAAUUACGUUAGAAUUGACGAAAUAAAUUUUUGUAGAAAAAAA